CUCAGACUAGCUGAAAGACUAGAGAAUCUGAGAGAACUUCAAAAGGUGAGCUGCAGGGGAGGGCCACGCCCAGCUUCGCCCAGGCCACGCCUACACCUCCACCCUCCUACUUAGCCGAAAGGGCGGCACCCGACUCCAGCCUCGCCCACCAACGUCACAACCAAGGCCAAGGGGAGGGCUUGACUCUCUGCGGAAGAGCGAGGAGAGACCCAGCCCCAAGCGGAGCUCUCUGGGAUAGCUGGCGACUAGCAGGUUGGAGGGAGCGAGCCCUGGGGUUGCUGGGUGCGGGGUUGAGAGUCGCACACACAGCUGAGAUGACAUGGUCUCUAGUUUGACACCUCGUCCGGGUCCUGAUCAGGAUGGGCAGCAGCUCACUGUCCGAGGACUAUCGCCAGUGCCUGGAGCGCGAGCUGCGGCGCGGCCGCGCGGGCGUUUGCGGCGACCCCUCGCUGCGCGCGGUGCUCUGGCAGAUUCUGGUGGAGGACUUUGACCUGCACGGGGCGCUACAGGACGAUGCGCUAGCCCUGUUCACUGAUGGCCUGUGGGGGCGGGCUGACCUGGCACCGGCCCUCCGAGAUCUGGCCCGCGCCUUUGAGCUCCUAGAGCUGGCCGCUGUGCACCUGUACCUGCUGCCCUGGAGAAAGGAGUUCACCACUAUCAAGACCUUCUCAGGGGGCUAUGUGCAUGUGCUGAAGGGCGUGCUCUCUGAGGAGCUCCUGACUCGAAGCUUCCAGAAGAUGGGCUACGUGCGCAGGGACAACCACCGCCUAAUGGUGACCACCCCACCCCCUGCCUGCCAGCUGGUGCAGGUGGCCCUAGGUUGCUUUGCUCUUCGGUUGGAGUGUGAGAUCCUAAGUGAGGUCCUGACUCAGCUGGGUACGAGCGUGCUGCCAGCCGAGGAGCUGCUCCGAGCUCGGCGGGCUAGUGGGGACGUAGCCUCCUGUGUGGCCUGGCUGCAGCAGCGCCUGGCCCAAGAUGAGGAGCCACCACCCCUGCCCCCUCGGGGCACACCUGCCACUUAUGGGGCCCCAGUGGACCUGUAUCAGGACCUGCAGGAAGAUGAGAGCUCAGAGGCCAGUCUGUAUGGUGAGCCUUCCCCAGGGCUGGACUCGCCUCCUGUGGAGCUGGCUUACAGGCCACCACUCUGGGAGCAGAGUGCCAAACUAUGGGGUUCUGGAGGUCAGCCCUGGGAACCGCCAGCUGAUGAUAUGCAUCGGGCCAGUAGCCCACCAUAUGGAGCUCUGGAAGAGGAGCUGGAGCCAGAGCCCUCUGCUUUCUCCUUCCUUUCUCUGCGCCGUGAGCUGAGUCGCUCAGGAGACUUAGCUCCUCCUGAGUCCCCUUCAAGCCCCGGGCAAGCCAGCCCCCGACACAGGCAGGCAGAAGCAGCAGCAUCCUCAGCCUAUGGGCCUGCUGUUGAACCUCUGAGCUACCAGGCACACAGCUGCUUGAGCCCUGGCAACCUACCCACCCUCUGCUGUGACACUUGCCGCCAGCUCCACGCUACUCACUGCACUGCCCUAUCUGCCUGCCGCCCGACUCAUUCACUGCGCAUUCUUCUUGGUGACAACCAGAGACGCCUGUGGCUGCAACGAGCACAGGUGGAUAACCUGCUCUAUGACAGUCCUGGGGCCCAUCCCUAGGCCCAGAUGGACCCCAACAAUUUUGGGGACAGUUUCCAUGGUGCUUCUUUUGGAAAAGGGCCUAGGCCACUGGCUACCCUGGCCCUCCUACUCCCCAGGGGCCAUUCAGGACCUGCAGCUGAAAGAGGGUAGAGCCUUCAUGGAAGGCUCUCACCUGGUGCCAUCUCAGCCCUGGUGCAGCAGGCCGAGCUCAAUCAACAAAAGAUCCUUCCCUCUCAUCCCUAGCCUCAUGCCCAGAUGUGCUGGGUAGAGAAGUCCAGGUUAUCCUGUUACAGUACCCAAACUCAGAAAGACCCCACCCUAUGAACUGCCUGAAGCUCCCUACCCGAUCCCUGUGGAGUAUGAUUGAGGACAUGUCCCUCUUCCACGUGCUGAGAAACCCUCACCCAGGGGCUUGCAGGUGACACAGUUAAGAUCCCUGAGUUAGAUUUGGGCCACAUGGGAGGGUCUGAAAGAGCAGAGCUUACUUAGCUGUGAGGACCCCGGUUCACCUCUGCUGUUAGUGAGGCACACUCCCAGGCAGUGGGAGGAGCUGUCACUCCCACCCAGCAGGAGUGAUUCUCUGCCAUCAGCUACCUACCAGCCAGAGAGGAAGGGAGCAUGUACAAGCCACUUCGCAGGCUUUUGCCAAAAAGCAGCUCACCGCCCCACCCCAUGUAGCUCAUUCUGGGCAUGCAGUUAACCAGGACCCCUCAUUAGGGUCCCUAAACUGCCAAUCCUCAGGAUAGGGAUAGUGAAGGGCUGGAUUUUCAUCAACCACUCAAAGGCCCAGGCCCAGAGAUCACCACUCUACCACACUUCCUCUAGUGGCACCUCCUCAGCAGAGCCUGCCCCUGCUCCUCAUGCAGGCCCUCAGAGGACAUGGGUCCACCUCAGCCGAGCCUGCCCCUGCUCCUCAUGCAGGCCCUCAGAGGACAUGGGUCCACCUCAGCCGAGCCUGCCCCUGCUCCUCAUGCAGGCCCUCAGAGGACACUGUCCAUGUUGCAUGGAUCGAAACCCCACAGUACAUUAAAGGAUUGCCAAACUGUC